AUGAGCCUAGUAAUUUUGAAAUCUCUUCUCGGUAAUCUCAGGCUUUACAAGUUUGAUGUGCCUUCUGAGUCUGAUGUCGGAGUUCUAAUAAUAAGUACUCCAAGUGAACACACAAUUGAACGGUUUCAAUUGACUCGAUACACAGGUCGAGGACGAGGAAGAGGUUCAAAAGCUGGAUUAUCCAAAGCAUUUGUAGAUUUGGUCGAUUGGCAAUUCAUGAUGGAACAUGAGUCCAACAUACCUAAUCAGAUCUUUGACUAUAUUGUCUCUAAUUAUUCUUUCAAGGAUCUUGAUGUGGUACCUCCCGCGUGUCCUGUCCUUGUCUUUUAUUUUCAAAUUAGAGGGUUUAGUCAAAGUUAUGUUCCUGAGAUUGACAUCACACCUGCUAUUUUGCACAUAUUGAGAACGAGAGACUCUGUUUUAAGUGUUGAAGAUGCAAGAACUAGACUCGUACCAAUUCAUCCACCAACGUUAGAGAUUGUUGAUUGUUACCAAAGUUUGGAAUUGUGUCGUAUAUGUGAAAAAGGAUAUCCAAAAAAAGACGAGAUUGUUUAUAAAACAAAAUGCAAUCACAUUUUCCAUGCAACUUGUAUCUCUCGUUACUUGUUGCAUACUCCUCGAUGUCCUAUUUGCUCCGUUGAGUUGCCACCUGUCGAUAUUCGAACUCUACUCUUCAACUAAAAUUUAGAGGUUUUAUUGAAUAUUUUUGCUAGUGUACUAUGUAAUAUAUAUAAAUGAAAAAGUGUUUUAAU